AAAACUCAUGAUGUGUCUUUGGCUUAUGCUGCUGCAAUAUUUCCUGUCGCGCAGCUGUUUUAUGAUACACGAUGGCGAUGCGAUGCGAAGACUGAACUCCUUUCCGAUGUCAUGAAUCGUUGGCAUCAGGUAUUCCAGAAUGAUUGCUCGGAACUAAAUCUGGAUUCAUUGGAGCAGUGGAUAACCAGGUUCCAUUUCGAAUCAAAGUUUGACUUCUUGUCGCGAAUCCAUGAACACGUUCAGUCUGAUAUGUCCGAAUGGGAGGACUCCAUAUUUAACGCCAGUUCGUUGGAUUCUCCGUCUUGGCGAAUAAGUGCGCUAUGUCUGCUUGCUGCCUUAGACAUUCUGGAUGAAGUGACGCUACCAUCCUUGCCUGCCGAAUUGCUGGAUUUUAUUAUGUGUGGCGUGGUGACAGCAAUGGAUAGCUGCGAUGAACGCAUGGCUGCACAGGGCGAAAAUCCGCCUCAACUGGAAGCACUAGCUGGCCUAGCUUUAUUGGUAUUCAGCAAAUGCGAUAAAUUAAGUUGUCACAAUUACGGUAACUCGUUUGAUACGGAAUGGCCCAACUUCUUUCUUCCAACAAUGGCACGUAUUGUUGUGCGAUGGUUCACAUUUCUUGAAGCUGAUAGUCCGGCAACAUUCUUCGUGAGGAGUUUAGUGGAUGCGUUGCUGCGCAUAAAACAACUGCCGGACGAUUUGUCACUGAAAACAAAGCUUUGCCCUGAGCUGGAUAAAUUUGGGUAUGAUGCCAUCCAUCAAACCCUGAUAAUUCAUGCCGAAGAUUUGCUUCCAUCGGAAAGCACGUUCAUCCGAUUUACGGCCUUGCACAUGCUAAGAAUUUUAUCCCCCAUAAUGUACAAACAAGAGAAUGGCCAGUGGACGGAGGAAGAAAAGGUUUCAUCAAGUGGACCGCGUCGUUUGAUAGUGCCUGAUACACUUGC